CUAGAGUUGCUGGCGGACACUCUGGUCUUGGACAGUAGUAGCUGCGGUAGCGGAGCGGGAGGAGGAUGGCCCUGGAACGGCUGUGUGUGCUGGAGAAGGGACCCUCGGGCUACGGCUUCCACCUGCACAGCGAGAAGAACAGACCGGGUCAGUUUGUGAGACUUGUGGAGCCCGGGUCUCCCGCCGAGAAGGCCGGUUUGAGAGCGGGUGAUCGGCUGAUCCGGGUGUGCGGAGAGGAUGUACGGGAGCUGGGACACCAGCAGGUGGUCGGCAAGAUCCGGGCAGCCGCCGAGCAACUCACCCUGGAAGUGGAGGGACCCGAGGAGGAAGUAGAAGCGACCACGCAGGGUGUCCGGCAGCCGGUGGCAGCACCUGUCUCGGAGCGGAGUGAAUUGCGUCCCAGACUGUGCACCAUGAAGAAAGGUCCCAACGGUUAUGGCUUCAACCUGCACAGUGACAAAAACCACCCAGGACAGUAUGUCCGAGCAGUGGAUCCUGAUUCCCUUGCGGAAUAUGCUGGACUCCUACCGAAAGAUCGCAUCUUGGAGGUGAAUGGUGAAAGCAUGUUGGGAAAACAACAUGCUGACGUGGUGAGUGCCAUUAAGUCAGGUGGUGAUGAAACAACACUGCUUGUUGUGGAUCCGGAGACAGAUAAAUACUUCCAGGAAUGUCAUGUGACCCCUCAAAGGGAACACCUGUCAGGUCCUCUACCAGAAAAAGUUGCCAAUGGAGACAUAGAAAAGGUGGACAAUCUACCUGACAUGGAGAACUCUGAUAGCGAGACACCAUCGGAUUCUCCACUGUCUUCUCCGGAGCCUCAGCCGCUGGAAAAUGCUCCCCGAUUGGAAACUCAGAAGGAAAAUUCUGUGGAGGACUCUUUGAACUUUACCCCUGCCUCUGAAGCUCAGCCUGCUGCAGAAUCUCUAGAUCUCAAUAUGUCGUUGGCAGUGGCCAAGGAGCGAGCCCACCAGAAACGAUCACAGAAAAGGGCACCUACCAUGGACUGGAAUAAAAGAAAAGAAGUGUUCAGUAGCCUGUGAGGGCAGAGAAGUCGUUUGGCUCCAUCACAGCAAUGUUCCUGUGAUCUUAAUUGCCAGCAUCUUGUUUUCCAUUCCUGUUACCAGAGAUGGUGCUUCCUAAUCUUGUAAAUCCAUUUUGGGAGUAUAUUUACACGUAACCUGUGAACCUGUCUACUUGUGUCUGGAGUUCAGGAUAAAGUGUUGGCACCCAAGUGGGACCAAGAUCCAUGGUAACCUACAGCAGUGUUGCUGUCUUAGUCAGGUGCUGGAGCAAGAUGCUUUUCUGUGUAAAAAUGCACAAACUUUUCCUGUUAGUCUCAGACUUGCAAGGUCCUGCUAAAUUUCCAGUUUUUCAACAAGUAUACGUUUUUUCUAAUGUUUUUGAUUCACUAGAUAUGUUGUUCAGUGGAAUACAGAUUUCUCUACUUUUAA